AUAUAAAAUAGUCAAUUUCCAUAAUGAGAUGAUUUAACAGUACUCAAAUUACUUCAAAUGCCACUAAUACCCUCUUUGCUCUCUCAAUAAGUACUCCUCAUUCCCUCCACACUUUCCUUCACACACCAUUUCAUUUUCUUCUCUCUAGCCAUUCCUCAUAAAAACUUUCCAACUUCAUUUUUUUCUCCACAAAAAAAAAUGGAGAUUUUGAAGUUGUCCCUAAUUAUUAUUUCACUAGUUAUAGUAGGAGUAGAAGGUAGAAUCCCAGGUGUCUAUAGGGGUGGUUCAUGGCAAACUGCUCAUGCUACUUUUUAUGGUGGAAGUGAUGCUUCUGGUACUAUGGGUGGAGCAUGUGGAUAUGGAAAUCUAUAUAGUCAAGGCUAUGGAGUGAACAAUGCAGCAUUAAGCACAGCACUAUUCAACAAUGGACUAAGUUGUGGAGCUUGCUUUGAGAUCAAAUGUGACAAUGAGCCACAAUGGUGCCAUCCUGGGAGUCCUUCAAUUUUAGUUACUGCAACUAAUUUUUGUCCUCCAAAUUAUGCGUUGCCGAAUGAUAAUGGUGGUUGGUGUAACCCUCCUCGCUCUCAUUUCGACCUCGCCAUGCCUAUGUUCCUCAAGAUCGCAGAGUAUCGUGCUGGAAUUGUCCCUGUCGUUUAUCGUCGGGUGCCAUGUAGGAAGCAGGGUGGAAUUAGGUUCACUAUCAAUGGUUUUAGUUACUUCAACUUGAUUUUGGUUACCAAUGUCGCGGGAGCAGGUGACAUUAUGAAGGUUAUGGUGAAGGGUACGAGGACUAACUGGAUAACAUUGAGUCGUAACUGGGGUCAGAAUUGGCAAACGAACUCCGUUUUGGUUGGUCAGUCGUUGUCAUUCAGGGUAAGAGCUACCGACAAGCGCCAAUCUACCUCGUGGAACAUAGUCCCAUCCCACUGGCAAUUUGGUCAGACAUUUGUUGGAAAGAACUUUAGAGUCUAAAUAGGGUAAUGAGGUGAUUGUAACAUAAUAUGUAAGACUCGUGGUUCAUGUUUAGGUCCUAUUGAAUUUGGGGUUUCUGGAUUGGCGUUUUAACCUGUUUUUUUCUGGUGUACGUAUAUGAGCUGAAGCGGCUGCAAAAAACGUGUAGCCCGCAGCUGUUCAAAGAACAGUGUAGUAGUAUCAGUAUAAUGUUUUGUAGUACCUGAUGCUUGGUUUACUGUGUUUUCAGUAACUUAUAGUUGGUUUACUUAAAUCAAAAAAUCUACGAAUCUUUUGGUAUGUUA